UCUGCCCGGAUCGAGCGGGGGGCCCGAGCCUCUCCGCGGUCGUCGCUUCCGCUCGCGCUCGCCCUCUCCCGCCGCCAUGUCAGCCACCAUCGAGCGGGAGUUCGAGGAACUGGACGCUCAGUGUCGCUGGCAGCCGUUAUAUCUGGAAAUUCGAAACGAGUCUCAUGACUAUCCUCACAGAGUGGCCAAGUUUCCAGAAAACAGGAAUCGAAACAGAUACAGAGAUGUCAGCCCAUAUGAUCACAGUCGUGUUAAACUUCAGAAUAUGGAAAAUGACUAUAUUAAUGCCAGCUUAGUUGACAUUGAAGAGGCGCAAAGGAGUUACGUCUUAACACAGGGUCCACUUCCUAAUACAUGCUGCCACUUCUGGCUCAUGGUGUGGCAGCAAAAGACCAAAGCAGUUGUCAUGUUAAACCGAACUGUGGAGAAAGAAUCAGUUAAAUGUGCACAAUACUGGCCAACAGAUGAUCGAGAGAUGCUGUUUAAAGAAACAGGAUUCAAUGUGAAGCUCUUAUCUGAAGAUGUGAAAUCAUAUUAUACAGUACAUCUACUACAAUUAGAAAAUAUCAAUAGUGGGGAGAGCAGGACAAUAUCACACUUUCAUUAUACGACCUGGCCAGAUUUUGGAGUCCCUGAAUCACCAGCUUCAUUUCUCAAUUUCUUGUUUAAAGUGAGAGAAUCUGGCUCCUUGAACCCUGACCACGGUCCUGCAGUGAUCCACUGCAGUGCCGGCAUUGGACGCUCUGGCACCUUCUCUCUGGUAGACACCUGUCUUGUGCUGAUGGAAAAAGGAGAUGAUAUUAACAUUAAACAAGUGUUGUUGAACAUGAGAAAAUAUCGAAUGGGACUUAUUCAGACACCAGAUCAACUCAGAUUCUCUUACAUGGCCAUCAUAGAAGGAGCAAAGUACAUAAAGGGAGAUGCAAGUAUCCAGAAACGGUGGCGAGAACUUUCUAAAGAAGAUAUAUCUCCUGCUUUUGAUCCCUCGAACAAAAUAAUGACUGAAAAGUACAAUGGAAAUAGAAUAGGUGCAGAAGAAGAGAAGCUGACGGGUGAUCGGUGCACAGGGCUUUCCUCUAAGAUACAAGACGCUGUGGAGGAGAACAGUGAGAGUCUUCUACGGAAACGUAUUCGAGAGGACAGAAAGGCUUCUACAGCUCAGAAGGUGCAGCAGAUGAAACAGAGGCUAAAUGAAACUGAACGAAAAAGAAAAAGGUGGUUAUAUUGGCAACCUAUUCUCACUAAGAUGGGGUUUGUGUCAGUCAUUGUGGUUGGCGCUUUGGUUGGCUGGACACUGUUUUUUCAGGAAACUGUCAUAUAAAGAAAGAGUUUUACCCAGCAAGUUUCUGCACUAUAGCUGACAGUGCUGCAUUAACCUCAAGGGUUUGUCUCUUAGCAGCAAACACCCCAUACCCCCAAAUGACGGGUAGAAUAGACACCAAGCGGAUAAGGGAUAUUUGCAGUCACAAGCCCCACAUCCCAGGACUCUUCACUGCAGGUUCCUCUGAGACCCAAACUGUACUCGGCUCCAAAAUAAAGACAGACGUGUUUGUUUAAAAAUUGCUAAUUUUGGCAACUGUAUUCAUAUGUUUCAAGCAUAAUGUUUCACUUGACCAAUAUUGAGAAAUCCAUUAUCACAGACUUGGUUUUUGGAGGCUGUCUGGAUUUUAACCUGCACUUAACAUAAGCAAUAAAUAUUGUGGUUUUUAUCUAUGCUAUUAAUGGAAAAAAUGACCUUUAAAUAAUAUGUGUAAUGUAUAAUGUACUGUUGAUACAGUUGUCAACACUAUGCGUAACUAUUUCAGGGUAAAUAUAUUUUAUAAGUACAUAUUUAAU